UGAGGUGUGCCAGGAUGGAUGUCGUCACUCACCCCCCAAACCUGGGAUGAUCUUUCCUGUGUUUGCACUGGGAUGUCAUCAGAGCUGAGAAGAGACCUGGAGCCCUAACUUGGCAUCAUAAAAGUUCGAUUUGGAAGUGGAUAACUGCUCAGCUGGCAAGGAUAACAAGAGUGCUGAGAGCCCAAUUUGUAGGAGCCAUGGAAGAGUCUUCCCAACCCACCAAACCUGUGGAGAACCCCCACUCUCGCUUUAUUAUUGGCUCUGUGUCAGAGGAUAACUCGGAAGAUGAGACAAGCUCCUUGGUGAAACUUGACCUGCUAGAGGAGAAGGAGAGGUCUUUGUCGCCUGUAUCUGUGUGCUCAGAUUCCCUGUCAGACUUAGGACUUCCCAAUGCUCAAGAUGGCCUGGCAACCCAUAUGAGGCCCAGCAUGUCUGGUUUACACCUUGUGAAGCAAGGCCGGGACAGGAAGAAAGUUGAUGUGCAGCGGGAUUUCACUGUGGCUUCUCCAGCAGAAUUUGUUACUCGGUUCGGAGGGAAUAAGGUUAUUGAAAAGGUGCUGAUAGCAAAUAAUGGCAUUGCAGCGGUGAAGUGCAUGAGGUCCAUCCGCCGGUGGUCCUACGAGAUGUUUCGAAAUGAGCGGGCCAUCAGAUUUGUUGUUAUGGUGACUCCUGAGGAUCUGAAAGCAAACGCAGAGUAUAUUAAAAUGGCAGAUCACUACGUCCCAGUUCCAGGAGGACCAAACAAUAACAACUAUGCAAAUGUGGAACUCAUUCUUGAUAUUGCGAAGCGGAUUCCAGUGCAGGCUGUGUGGGCUGGCUGGGGACAUGCAUCUGAGAACCCUAAACUACCAGAGCUUCUCCACAAAAAUGGGAUUGCUUUCAUGGGUCCUCCAAGCCAAGCAAUGUGGGCCUUAGGAGAUAAAAUUGCUUCUUCCAUAGUGGCACAGACUGCUGGCAUUCCAACUCUUCCUUGGAGUGGCAGUGGUCUUCGAGUGGACUGGCAGGAGAAUGAUCUGCAGAAGCGAAUCCUCAAUGUUCCUCAGGAGCUGUAUGAAAAAGGCUACGUGAAAGACGCGGACGAUGGACUGCGGGCUGCUGAGGAGGUUGGCUACCCUGUCAUGAUCAAGGCUUCUGAAGGAGGAGGAGGAAAAGGAAUUAGGAAGGUUAACAACGCAGAUGACUUCCCCAACCUAUUCAGACAGGUUCAAGCUGAAGUCCCAGGCUCUCCAAUCUUUGUGAUGAGACUGGCCAAGCAGUCCCGGCACCUGGAGGUGCAGAUCCUGGCGGAUCAGUACGGCAAUGCCAUCUCACUCUUUGGCCGGGAUUGCUCCGUGCAACGCAGGCACCAGAAGAUUAUUGAGGAAGCACCUGCUUCUAUUGCAACUUCGGUGGUGUUUGAGCACAUGGAACAGUGUGCAGUGAAGCUUGCCAAAAUGGUGGGAUACGUGAGUGCUGGCACUGUGGAAUACCUGUACAGCCAGGAUGGCAGCUUCUACUUUCUGGAGUUGAAUCCCCGCCUGCAAGUGGAGCACCCUUGCACAGAGAUGGUGGCUGAUGUCAAUCUGCCUGCAGCGCAGCUUCAGAUUGCCAUGGGGAUUCCCCUCCACAGGAUCAAGGAUAUCCGAAUGAUGUAUGGUGUUUCUCCGUGGGGAGAUGGAUCUAUUGACUUUGAGAACUCAGCUCACGUCCCCUGUCCCCGCGGCCAUGUCAUCGCUGCGCGUAUCACUAGUGAGAAUCCUGAUGAGGGAUUUAAGCCCAGUUCUGGAACAGUUCAGGAACUGAACUUCCGCAGCAAUAAGAAUGUCUGGGGCUAUUUCAGUGUGGCUGCUGCAGGAGGGCUUCAUGAAUUUGCUGAUUCUCAAUUUGGUCACUGCUUCUCUUGGGGAGAAAACCGGGAAGAAGCCAUCUCAAACAUGGUAGUGGCUUUGAAGGAGCUGUCCAUCCGAGGGGAUUUCAGAACCACUGUGGAGUACUUGAUUAAACUCCUGGAAACAGAAAGCUUCCAGCAGAACCGCAUUGACACGGGCUGGUUGGAUCGACUUAUCGCUGAGAAAGUUCAGGCUGAGAGGCCUGAUACGAUGCUGGGUGUGGUGUGUGGAGCUCUGCACGUGGCUGAUGUGAGCUUUCGCAACAGCGUCUCCAACUUCCUGCACUCUCUAGAAAGGGGCCAAGUCCUGCCUGCUCAUACACUGCUGAACACUGUGGAUGUGGAACUCAUCUAUGAAGGACGGAAGUAUGUGCUGAAGGUGACCCGACAGUCUCCCAAUUCCUACGUGGUGAUCAUGAACAGCUCCUGUGUGGAGGUGGACGUGCACCGGCUGAGUGAUGGAGGACUGCUCUUGUCUUAUGAUGGUAGCAGCUAUACUACCUACAUGAAAGAAGAAGUGGACAGGUAUCGCAUCACUAUCGGGAACAAGACCUGUGUGUUUGAAAAGGAGAACGAUCCCUCCAUUCUGCGCUCACCUUCCGCUGGGAAGCUCAUCCAGUACGUGGUGGAGGAUGGGGGCCACGUGUUUGCUGGCCAGUGCUUUGCAGAAAUAGAGGUAAUGAAAAUGGUGAUGACACUAACAGCAGGAGAAUCAGGCUGCAUCCAUUAUGUCAAACGCCCAGGAGCCGUCUUGGAUCCAGGCUGUGUGAUUGCCAAGCUCCAGCUGGAUGAUCCCAGCAGGGUUCAGCAGGCUGAACUGCACACAGGUACCUUGCCUCAGAUCCAGAGCACAGCGCUUCGAGGUGAGAAACUCCAUCGCAUCUUCCAUUAUGUCCUGGAUAACCUGGUCAAUGUGAUGAAUGGAUACUGCCUGCCAGAGCCCUACUUCAGCAGCAAGGUGAAGGGCUGGGUUGAGCGACUAAUGAAGACACUGAGAGAUCCAUCUUUACCUCUGCUGGAGCUUCAGGACAUCAUGACCAGUGUUUCUGGACGGAUUCCACCCAAUGUAGAGAAAUCCAUCAAGAAGGAGAUGGCCCAAUAUGCCAGCAACAUCACAUCAGUCCUUUGCCAGUUUCCCAGCCAACAGAUUGCCAAUAUCCUGGAUAGCCACGCAGCCACCUUGAACCGCAAAUCGGAGCGUGAGGUCUUCUUCAUGAACACUCAGAGCAUUGUGCAGCUGGUACAGAGGUACCGGAGUGGCAUUCGAGGUCACAUGAAAGCAGUGGUGAUGGAUCUGCUCCGUCAGUAUCUGAAGGUGGAGACUCAGUUUCAGCAUGGUCACUAUGACAAGUGUGUCUUUACACUUCGGGAAGAGAAUAAAAGUGAUAUGAAUGCUGUGUUGAACUACAUCUUCUCACAUGCUCAGGUCACCAAGAAGAACCUGCUUGUUACAAUGCUCAUUGACCAGCUCUGUGGCCGUGACCCCACCUUGACAGAUGAGCUGAUUAAUAUUCUGACAGAGCUGACCCAGCUCAGCAAGACGACCAACGCCAAAGUGGCCCUGCGAGCGCGGCAGGUUCUCAUUGCUUCCCACUUGCCCUCCUACGAGCUGCGUCACAACCAGGUGGAGUCCAUCUUCCUGUCUGCUAUUGACAUGUACGGACACCAGUUCUGCAUUGAGAACCUGCAGAAACUCAUUUUGUCCGAGACAUCCAUCUUUGAUGUGCUUCCCAACUUCUUCUACCACAGUAACCAGGUGGUAAGGAUGGCAGCUUUGGAGGUGUACGUUCGAAGGGCAUAUAUUGCCUAUGAGUUAAACAGCGUCCAGCAUCGCCAGCUGAAGGACAACACUUGUGUGGUGGAGUUCCAGUUCAUGCUGCCCACCUCCCACCCAAACAGCACUCCCCUGCCAGCCCUUUGUAUCUGUUUGGGAUUGGCUCUACUUUCAAACCUGGCUUUACUGGAUAAGGUGAAACCUUUUCUAGCAUGUGUUUUUCUUCUUUUGGAGCCCAAGAUGCAUGUGUGAAUGGGUUGAAAUGGAAGUGCUGGAGCUGACAUACUGUGGCUUUCAGCCAGUGUUUAUCAGAUGUAUUUCUUACGUCUGCAACCAAAAGCAUCAACUGUUGGCUGCUCCAUCUUACAGAAGCAGGGUCGCAUCUCCGACUGUGUGCUAAGAUCAUUUAAAAACCCCACCAAACACAAAACCCCAAACCACUUGGUUCUCAGAACCCCUUCAGCACUGCCAGCUGAGUCAGUUCCCGUGUUCUUUCGCUUGCAGGAGGAGCUCGGGGGUAUUUUAGCCGCUGUUCUCUUUCUGGCGCAGUGAGUCUCGGUGGCCGCCGGGUGCCACUGUUGGGCUGUGCUGGUUUGCCUGGAGGGCACCGGCUCUAUUUUUCUCCUUUGUUUCCAAACAUCUUUUUCCUCCUUUUAUUUUUGGUGGGGCUGAGCAAUGGGGUCCAGUCUCGCUUCAUUGAGAACCCAUCAGUACAUUUUAUGAGAUGGUUUUCAGAAUCUGGUUUGCUAGAAAUGAAUGACUGUCCUCAACAAGCAGCACAAACCACUCCCGAUACAAAUGGGACAUGCAUUUGGUCUCAUCUGGUUCCUACAUUUCUAGAAUAUUUGUAAAUAAUUGCAUACUAUUUUUAGUAUCCCUUUAUAAUGCUCCCCACCCCCAGCCCUCCUCUUCUUUCUCCAUUUCUUCCCUCUGCUGGUCUCAGUUACCUCUGUUGCUUGGGGUUUAUCUGGCCUGCCCGUGCUGCCCAUGGCUCUAUUACUGCCACAAGCUUAAUUGGACAAGGUCAGCUGGAAGAGAACUGUUUCCUGCUUGGGGAACUGCUGCUUUGUCCUGAAAUCUCCUUUCCCCUUUGUGCUGUAUUCGCUGGGGCAAUGUUCUGCCGCUCAGUUCUGCUGCUCAGCCAUCAGCACUGCUGAUGGCUGACUGAAAGCGCAUUGCGGUCCUUGUGCAGAGGCCAGCAGGCUUGGGGACAAAGCCACUGCUUGCACAGGCAAGCCCUUAGAGUUCAGUCCCUUGGAGUUGCACCUCAGUCUGUUAGCAAUGAAUUUGGCUCCUGUUGCUUGAUGCAGCUUCUUGCAGUGUGCACCAGCUUGUGCAGCUAUUGUGUGCCCGGGGGCUGAAGCACAGCCCGGAGCAGGAUACCUGGGGCUUAAGUUAGCUAUGUGUGUGGAGGUUUAAGCUGGGUAUAAAGGCAGACCUUGUGCUAAGCCCAAGAUACAGAAAUCUCAAAACUGAUAUUGUCUUGAUGAAGUCUUCUUUGUUGUUUUUGACCAUGGUCUACGUCCAUCGUUUGUUUUUCUGUAUCUUGUGUAGCACCAGCUUUUAGACUGAAAAGCUAAAAAUGCAUUCCAAGGAAAACCCCAAAAGGCAAAGUAUCCCAGCUGACCAAGCAAAAGGUCCCUUGAGGCUUUGAGGUUGCGUUCUGGUCAGCCAGAGAACAUUAAUUUGGAGCUGGUGUUACUAAGCUCCAUCGCAUUAGUAUGAUGCCACGUGGUUCUCAGCACUUUAUCAGGUAUUUUUAAGCCCUGGUCCCUUUUGUGUCUGAUUUCCGUGAACAUUCAAGGGCCCAAAUGUUACUGGAGCAAAUAUUCAUGUACAGAAAACUGCAAACUGGUAAUGGUUACUAUAUUUAAAUUCUUUGGUAUUUAACCCAGCCAUGUCUUUACUUAAUUGUAGCAGCAACAGUCACAGUCACUACUUCUGAUCUGACUAAUCACAGCCAGCCACUCAGGCUUUGUAUUUCUGGCCACUGAACAAUUGCCAUCAACUACCCACAGGAAAGCUUUAGAGAGGAAAGAAAAACUAUUAAAUCUGCUAACAAAGUCAUAGAAAUUCAACCUGCUCCUGGUGGGUUUUGUGGGCAGAAACUGUUUUGGGUAUUAUUUGUUUAAAUUAAUAGAAAACAUCCUGUUGUAAGAAUCCCCACUGAUCCCAAUUGCAAGGGUAAGACAUAGGGAGAAAAACUGCUUAUAAUUGAAACCAUAGAGGGCUUUCCAGCUCAAACCCAGCAUCCUUAUUGCCCAGUACAAGGCAGAUGAGGAGCGCAGUGUAACCAUCUGGUGCCUUUUUCAGUAAAUGGAGUUUGCCAGCCCUCUCCAAGUAGAGGGCGUUGCAGUAAUCCCAUCUGGAGGAGGCGAGAUGAGAGUGUCCACGGGAUGCUGAUGGCUGCAUGCUGCAGCAGGGUACUGCAGACAAAUGCUCAUGUGCAGAGCCCCUUGCAUUUGGUUAACCUGCCUCUUUCAGUCAUCUAGAGUCCUGGUGAGAAAAGAUGGGAGAAAGAAAUGAGCCCUGUUCUGAGCUGUUCUUUGCUUCCCUCUUGUUCAGACUGCCCUGCUGAGAUGGGAAGCUAGUGGAAUAUUGACUGGUGUUUAGAGAGUUCAGCUUCCUUUGUGAGAAUGGCAGGCCAGGUGACAGACACUGAAAGGCCUUUCUUAGGUGUUCAGUGCAUGAAACAGUGCUUGCCUAAUCUUAGCUUAAAAUCUGUUCAAAGAAACAUUGUGUGUCUAGGAGAGGGAAUUAUAGUGCUUUUUCAACAGGAGAAGGGCUUUUUCUAAUAAUCCCCUUUGCUUCUCCUGCUUUUGGAAUAGCCCUUCUUCUGUCUGAAGCUGUAAGGUUUAAAUUAAACUGGGACAUUGUCUGCUGUAGCCAGCUUUUGGAGCCUGCUGCAGAAUGGUGCUGCUGCCCUGCUCUUCCUGAAGCAUCCCCUGUCUCCAGCUCAUCGUGUCCCCCAGCCAGGAUGUUCAGCUGUUCUCUUGCUCUCUCCUUCCCCAGUAGCAGAUGUACUGGAGGAUCAGAAGGGAAGACCUCAGAGGUAACCGUGUUCCCUCUGUCAGAUGCCAAGACAAUUGCUGGCAAGGGGACCUAGAGGUGCUGGGUGUACCUCUACUUUGGGGUGUGGCAAUGAUGCCUUCAGAAUACACUGAGCCCCAGAGGAAACUGAAGUGUAACCCAGCCUGGUUUGCUCCCUCUGAUGCCUUGGCCAUGCCUUUCCAAUCCAUGCGUGUGCUGAGCCCACGCCUUCCUUUUGCCCCACAUGCCACCCCUCUCUGCCACACUUGGCCUUGACAUGUCCUGAGGGAAUCCCUGAGUCAGGAGGUGCCAUUGGAAGGUGGAAGUAAAGGAAGGUUUCCACAGUGCAGAUUAAGACUUCAGGUGUUGAUAACUGGCUUAGCUUUACCUUUGAAACUCGGUAACAAGCUGUCUGAUGCCAGCUCACCCUCGUGUUUAGAGUUGGGAAUACACACGACUUGGAAAACAUGGACAUACAGGCAAAUGCCUUACUGCAACUUGCCUAGGCUGAAUCCAUUCUUGGGACUGCAUCCUGCUCUCCGUGAUGCUUCCAAGGGUGGAACUCAAGUCUAGUCUUCAGUUUCUUUGCAUUUCCAAAGUUAACAGUAUCAGUGUCUCAACUAUCUUGUGCUUGGCUUUGCCCAGUAUCUCCUCUUCCUGUGCUUGUGGAUGUUUGUUGACGCCCUACUUGGACUUUGAUGUUGCUGAUUUCGAGGCUUAAGAGUGGUGCAUGAUCUCUCCUUUGCUGUCUCUUGAUGUUUUAUCAUCUAUGGAGUAUUUUGGUUGUUCUUUUUUUGUCAGCCUCUUCCUUAGCUUAUAGGUAGAAACUCAUUCUGAAGGCUGAAAGCCAAGUGAAUUAUUGCUGUUUCCAAACAGAGCUUUUACAGAAGAAUAAGAAAACAACACUUAGAGCAGGUUUAUAGGUUCCCUCCCACUCUCAUUUUACUAUGAUAUACUCCUAAGAUUUGAAUUUCUGACAAUAUAGGAGUGUUUUCUGGGGACUAAAGGAGUUGUUAAAACAGCCUCUUGUAUCAGUCCUUGGAAUGCUGGUACUGAAGCAGCCGUGGCUGCUCCGGGCUCUGACUGCACUGCAGACCCAGCUGUACCACUCCGGUGUAUCAUUAGGUAGCCUGAGCUCCCCUCCUUAUUGGGAAAGAGCGGCUGCUCUCAGGAGGGAGGGGGAAAGGCUUCCAGGACACCUGUAAAUCCCUGCAGCUCCAUGCUGAGGGUUGGAUGUUAAUUAGCCAGCAGGCAGCAGUAAUGUGUUGCUGUUCCCUUGGCUUUGCCUGUUUCCAAAAGGGCAGAAUCUUCCAGCAGAGCAAAGAAGGGGCUGUUGAAGGGGCAGCAAACUGAAUGGAAUGGCGAUAAUUUUAUGCAAAUUGGACUUGAGCAGCAGCUUCAGCUUGGCUGAAUCACAGAGGGAGCAGAAGAAUGAGGGAAGAAAAGAGGGAGAGGAAAAAAAACCACCCCAUCAAAAUGUAUGGUUUGAGGCAUGUUUCACAGCCUUCUGUUUAGAUCCUUCUGCAGAAAUGAAGAAACAGAAGAGGAAUGCCACUGGUCAGAGUCAGUGGAAUUGCUCUUUCUCCUGUGGUACUGCUGUUAAUAACUACAAGUGGGUUAUGCAGCCGACCUCUGCUGAUUCCGCUUUGCUGCCUCAUUUCAAAAGCUCUGCCCGGUGCUGGCACUGGCUCUCACAGCUUGCUCUCACCAGCGGUGCUUUGCAUGCCUUGCCAUCAUUCCAUAGGGGAGUGCUCCUGCUGGAAAAGAAAUAAAUAAAGGGAAGAAAGGGAGAGGCAAGGGGAAACAAA